AUGGCGUCAAAUCAAUUAUCAACACUACCAUCGACACUAUCAAGUGAUUUGUUGAAUUUAAGAGUUUUUAAUGUAACGAAUAAUAGACUUCAAGGAAAUAUUUACCAACCAGCACUUCUGAAUUUAGCUGAACUUUACUUAAGUAAUAAUUCUUUGACAUCUAUUGAUGGUAUUGGUGAAUAUAAAUCUUUACAACAAUUAGAAUUAGACAACAAUCACAUAUCAUUGAUUCCAUCUGAAAUCAUGAAACUAUCACCAAGAUUGAAAACAUUGGCGAUUAAUAAUAAUCAAUUGACUAAUAUUCCAUAUCCGAUGGUAAAUAUGAGAUCAUUAAACAUAUUGUCGGCCAUUAAUAAUCAUAUUUCAGAUUUUCAACGACUAUAUCUUUUAAAAUUAUUUCAACAAACACAAAUACAAGUUAAAUUUUAA